CCCUCUCCAGUCUUGUGCUGUGCAGGGUUCUUGUUAUCUCUGACUCUCCCCUCCUCCAAUCACCAGUGAGGUGUGAUGAGAGACCUGGGAGGCGGAGAUCACUGUAUCUCCUGUCUGGUCAGAGGAAGGGAAGAGAAAGUAUAAUAAAUACCGGAUACUGAACAUUUUAUUCUCUAUAUUGAAAUGGACAAUACUCCAGUCCCCACGGAAUCGGAGAUUAAAAACUAUAGGUCACUGAGUCAUGAGGAAAGACACGCAAUAUUGGUAAAACAAAUAUUGGACAGCUAUCCAGAUCGUGAGAAUGAUCCCGCCUUUCCACGGAAUCCGACCGUUUCCUAUUCCGAUGUUGGUUCUUGGACCGCACAAAUGCAAAUGCCUCCUGGUGACAGAGUAGGGAAAUUACACUGGUGUUUGUGCCAGUGCUGUAUAGAAAUGCCGACCCAAAAGGAAUCGAUGUGCUGUAGAGAGAUCCUAAAGGUCCAAGGACAUAUCCCUGAGGGGGGAAAAUGCAUCACUGAAUCGGAAACGUUCCGUUCACAAAUUGCUACAGAGGAACCCGUCCGCCUGAUGUGUAAGAUGCUGCAUCUAGAGGAGCGUCCUCUUGUGGAUCCCGACAACAACCGGCGAUUAAGGAAAACUGCGUAUCGUACUUUCAUUGCAUGGAUCUACGGUUUUUAUGGGAAGAAGCACGCGGUGAUCCCAUCAUGUGCGGUGAAAGUUGUGCGAGAACUUUUUCCAGAUCCUGGCGGCAAAUACGUCAACUUCAUUUAUUCAGAAGACUAUGAUGCAUCUGAGAUGGCAUUUCAUUAACCACUUCAAUACCGGGCAUUUUCACCCCCUUCCUGCCCAGACCAAUUUUUAGUUUUCAGCGCUGUCGC